AUGUCUCCCUACGUUAAUUCAUCCUAUAAUGAGCCCGAGAAUCUGGCACUCGAGCCCAUCGCCAUCUGUGGAAUGUCAUGUCGACUUCCCGGUGGUGUCGAUUCUGACUCGACCUUCUGGGAUAUGUUGAUCUCGAAGCGAACGGGACUGAGUCCAAAAGUUCCCGCGUCCCGUUUCAACGUCGACGCCCAUUAUCACGAGGACCUGGACCGACCGGGUUUUUUUCUCGACGGCCGGCCCGAGGAUUUCGACCCUACUUUUUUCAAUAUCACACCGGCGGAGGCUCAAUCAUUAGAUCCACAACAGAGAAAGAUACUCGAGGUGACUUACGAAUGUUUUAUGUCAGCGGGUGUAACUUUAGAGUCUAUAUCUGGAUCGAACACUGCCGUUUUUGUGGGGUCUUUCACAGCCGACUAUCAACAAAUAUCUAUGCGAGAUCCUGACUUCCGUCAUAACUAUACUGCCACCGGAGUCGACCCCGGCAUCAUUAGUAACCGUGUGAGCAAUGUUUUCAACUUGAAGGGACCAAGUUUUACUAUAAAUACGGCGUGUUCCUCCUCAAUUUAUGCCCUACACCAGGCCAGCCACGCACUUCGCAAUGGAGAUUGUGAUGCUGCCAUCGUUGGUGGUGUAAACUUAAUACUUACUGUAGAUCAACAUAUGAAUACGGCUAAGCUAGGCAUAUUAUCUUCUACGUCGACAUGCCACAACCCCGACGCGUCCGCCGAUGGGUAUGGCCGUGCCGAGGGCGUUGGAGCCUUAUAUAUAAAGCGCCUGCCCGAUGCGAUCAAAGAUGGAGACACGAUUCGGGGAGUAAUUCGUUCAACUGCAGUCAACACAAACGGAAAGGUAGAGGGGGCGGGAAUCACACACCCGAGUCUUGAGGGCCAAGAACGUGUUGUACGGAUGGCAUACGAGCGAGCAGAUUUAGACCCCAACUUGACAGCGUACGCCGAGCUACAUGGAACAGGUACGCCUAUUGGGGACCCGAUCGAGGUGAAGGCUAUAUCACAAGCGAUGAAUGAUACACGACCGCCGGACAGGCCAUUGCUUAUCGGUUCUGCGAAACCGAACAUUGGCCAUGGUGAAGCCGCUAGCGGUAUAUUCGCCGUUAUGAAAGCGGCAUUAAUGACUGAGGCGGCUCUGAUUCCUGGUCUUGCCCUCAAGAGUCGGAACCCUGAGAUCUUGGAAAAGGAGUGGAAGGUAAAGGUCCAGGCCGACACAGUACGCUGGCCUAAAGAAUACAUAACGCGAAGGGCAAGCGUUUCUUCCUUUGGAUAUGGAGGCACCAAUGGCCACGUUAUAGUUGAGUCAAUUGACUCACUAUAUCCGUGGUAUCAGCACGCGAAACCCAAAAAGGAGGCUCAAUACAACCGCUCAUCCGACAAGCCCUUCCUGCUAUGCUUUUCGGCACACGAUGAGCCAACCUUGACCCGAAAUGUUGCUGCAAUAGCCGCAGUGGCUCCAGAGUUCUAUCUCACCGAUUUAUCGCACACCUUGAAUCUUCACCGUACUAAGUUCUCGCACCGGGCGUUCACAAUAGCACGGGAAGGGAGAGAGUUCAAGGCUUUCACCUCGGCAACUCUACAGAGCGGUGCUGUUUCUAAGACGAAAGUUGGCGUCGGCUUUCUAUUCACAGGACAAGGGGUACAAUGGGUGGGUAUGGGCAGAAUUGCUCUUCGAGUGUUCCCGACAAUACUCCAAACUAUCCAAAAGCUAGACCGGAUACUUGAGGGGCUUGAACCAAAGCCAGAUUUCAACAUGGUCGAGUUGCUAAAGGACGAUAGCGAAGCUGCGACGAGUAGAAUCCACGAGGCCGAGAUAUCCCAGCCUUUAUGCACGGCAAUACAGAUCGCGCUUGUAGACCUCUUCUCACAAUGGGAUAUCGUACCUCAGGUAAGCAUUGGCCAUUCAUCUGGCGAGAUAGGGGCUGCGUAUGCAGCAGGUCUGAUAAGUGCCCCCGAGGCUAUCAUAACUGCCUUUUGCCGUGGUCAUGCCGUUACCGCGUACUCGGAGUCCGGGUGUAUGCUGGCAGUGGGGUUGGGACCGAACGAGAUCCAAGAGUACCUACCAGCAACCCCUGAGGAUGUCUGUAUUGCAUGCGAGAACUCACCGAACAGCGUAACUCUAAGUGGGCGACCAAAGCCAAUCGCGCGGGUCUGUGAAAAGCUUAUGGCUAAAGGCGUUCAUGCCCGAGCCCUCCGAACGGGGAGGGCGUAUCAUUCUCCCCAUAUGGCGGCUGUAGGUAUGGCGUAUGAAGUCAUGCUUUCCGGAGCGGUGGGCAACUUGUCUGAAGAAGACUUGAAAUGGUGUCGACCACGCUCGCCUAUGAUAUCUUCCGUCACUGGGGAGCUUGUUCCUGCUGGAACGAACUCCUUGCCUGCAAGCUAUUGGAGCGAAAACCUGCGCCAGAAAGUGCUCUUUAGUACCGCAGCCCAACGGCUAGUUUCUGAUGAAGAAUUUGCUCACGUAAAUCAUGUUAUUGAGAUUGGCCCGCAUUCAUCCCUGGCCAACCACUUUAAGCAGAUCUGUCGUAUGGACAAGGCAGUCGCUGAACGCUUCACUUACAUACCUUCCCUUGUGCGUAAAGAGAAUGAUGCCUAUCAGCUUCUCUCAGUUGCGGGUUCUCUUUUUAUCGUUGGAUACCCCGUAGACUUGGAAAGCGUCAAUUCAGCAGGUUUUCCUGCCACUACCACUAUUUCGAAGUCCAAUACAAAGUAUCUGCUUGUCAACCUGCCACCUUAUCAGUGGAAUUAUGAACAACAGUGCGGGCUUGAACGCCGUUCUAGCACUGAACAGCGAGCGCGUGUGUUUCCACGUCAUGAUCUUUUAGGUAGUCGUGUUUCGGGGCUUUCCAGCAGGUCGGCGACGUGGCGUAACGUUCUGAGGCAACGUGAUAUCCCUUGGUUGAAGGAUCAUAAUCUUGGUGGCACAGCUAUCUUUCCUGCGGCGAGCUACCUGUCGAUAGCUGUAGAAGCCCUACGACAGGUGCGCGAGUCGGCGGGACUGACUCUUGGAGGCGUUACGCUACGCGAUGUGGACAUCAAGACAGCCCUCGUGGUGCCUGAUAAUGAUGAUGGUGUUGAAAUCAUCACUCGCCUCCAAGAGCCCAAGAAUACGGAUUCAGAAGAUAGUUGGCAAACCUUCUCUGUGGAAUCGUUGGCUGCCAACGGUGAAUGGACUGUCCAUUGCGACGGCCGGAUCUCAGCAAGUCACAAGCCGAGCGUACGAAUGUCGAGACAGGAGGUUCCUGUGGAUGAAUCUAUCCUAACGCAAAGAGUAUCGGGUAAACGAUGGUAUGACGCUUUUGAACGUGUCGGUUUCAACUACGGCAAGACGUUCCAGCAGUUGCAGCAAGUGCGUACGGAUCGCAGCGUCUUCCAUGCCACGGCAGAUAUGACGGUGUGUGAGAGUUCGGGAGUCAUGAAGGGCGAGUCUCGUUAUCUUAUACAUCCGACUACUAUCGACGCAUGCCUUCAACUUACUAUUAUCUCCAUACAUGCGGGCAAACACAAAGACAUGCCAUGGGGUGUCGUGCCAACUCGAAUCGAGGAAAUGGCCUUGUAUGCCGCAGAUAUUGGUCAGCCCGUUACUGACGGCCCUCUCAAUUCCAUUGCAGGCCAUGCUGAGGCAUGGACAAAUGGAUUUGAUGGGCGGCGUUUCAACACCAACGUCCGGCUCAAUGGCGUUGACGGGAAGCUUUUGCUAGACGUCAAGAAUCUCACCUGUAUCACAUACGAAGCUGCCCUUCCAGCUAGCAGUAUAGAUAGCGAGAAGGGUGCAGUGGAACCUACUGAAUCCAACCCAUUUUCCGUGGUAAAAUGGAAGCCAGAUAUCACGAGUCUGCGUGAAAACGACUUUCUUCGACUCUGGCCGGGUAUUUCUACUGCUUCUGGACGCAUCUCGAAAUGUAUUGAGUUGAUUAGUCAUCGACAAGUCGUGCGGAAGGCUUUUAUCGUCGCGCGCACUCCUAGCCCCCAAGUUCAAUCGCUUGUCGAGGUGAUAUUGGAUGCGCUGCCAUCUAAUGCCACUAUGACUGUAGGUUUUGAUAUCAAAGCCCAAGAGUCGGUGCAAUCUAUUAAAUUAUCGAAGAAGGCACAUGAUCGUGUAUCAGUGGUAGCUCUUGGGACUGCACCUGAGAGUUGGUUGCAUGAAAAUUCUGGGCUUCAUGACCUGGUCAUAGUCGAAUCGCAUAAUAAGAAAGAGGGGAUACCUCCUGAAAACGUGCUCACAUUCCUAAAGGAAGGUGGAUGGCUACUUGGUGUAUCGACGGCAUUAUUCUCGACCCCUUUCCCAAGCCCGAAAUUCACGUUAAAUAUAGGCGAACAGGUUGCAUUCUUCAAUUCACAAAAAUCGACCAUUCCUGAUGGCGCACGCCCUCGUACGGCUAGUGGGGAUGAUAUGACGGUGCUUUCUGCGAGAGAAGGAGGCUAUGAUUUACGAAGCAUCCUGUCCGAGGCUAGAGGACAGUACAAAGUUUGCCAGAAGCUCGUUAAAAAUGGCCCCCUGGACAGGAAUCAUCGGGUAGUCAUAGACGAUACAACAGGCGCCAUAUCCGCAUCUAUGCUCGCCGACCCCGCUAGCUUUGACGCCAUCAAAGCCGUGCUGUUGUCUGGUGUGCGCGUGUUGUGGGUUACACGUGGCGCAAGGCAGGGCCGCGUAUCGGCCACUACAGCGGUUCGCAUGGGAAUGGCUGAGGGUUUGCUAAGGGCCUUGCGAUCUGAACAAGCGGCUUCUAAGAUUGUCUUGCUAGAUUUUGACUUACACGAGGAGCCGCGAAAUGUGGCUGCCGCCAUAAUCGGUCGCUUGGAGGCGGCGGAUACGAAAGGUUCCGGCCGCGAUACCGAGUUUUGGUUGCACGAGGGCGUGCUACACGUUGGCCGUGUUUAUCCGAAAGAAGGCAUAGAAUAUGGAACAAGUCCAGGAGAGCCUCAAGAGAAGCUACUAGCUGGAAAUUUGAAAAUCAGUGCCCAAACUACAGAUGGCCAAUUGGUAUUCGAGGACGAAGAUUUGCAAUCAACCGUUCUCGCCAGUGGUGAAAUCGAAUUACAAGUUCUGGCAUCGCAGUGGCCUUCACAUACCCGCGGAACCCAAGUACUGGUUGAAGGCAUUAUCAUUGGUGCUGGCUCUUCUGAGAGCCGAGAGCUUAUCGGAAAGACCGCCAUUGCGUUUGUGUACGAUGGGUUCCGGACCGUAAUUCGCACAUCCGGAUAUGCAAUCAUCGACGACGACAAUCCGGACAGGAUUUCCCCAGAGGUUCUCGUCGGAAUCAUGCCACCCCUUUGUCCAAUAGUACAUCUUUGCCUCAUCAAUGCUAAACUCGAAAAGGGCGAUUUUGUCUUGUCACUCCCGGGGCCCAAAGCUGAUGUGAGGUCGCUGAAGAUACUUGCCAAAGCCUUGGGUUGGAAUAUGAGCGCUGUAGCCCGUUCAGCAUCAGAAUGGGAUGAGUAUAUUUCCCAGGUCGGCUUAACCCCUGAGCAAAUCGUCCUUUCGGGUGAGAUGGGCAUUCUUUUUGCAUUUAUUCGCGAGCAACACGAGAAAUCUUCAUCGGGGACUAUAACAAUCAUAGCCCAUGAUUUUGACUCUCUGAGCCACGAGGUCUGGAGACACAUCCCUCCAUCUUGUCGGUUCCUGCUCUUGAACAAGACAUCGUUGAACGUCGUGCCAGACCCCUUGCCGUUCUCCCGCGGCGCAACCUUUGUAUCCAGCAAUAUGAAGUCUCUUCAUGCUUCGCCGAGGGCCAACGCAAAGCUCCUAAAGUUGACACUGGACUUACUUGAAACUCACUCUUCGUUACUGGUUGGCGAUGGCCAGGAUAGCAUUAACGUAGUGGAUGUAGGUGAAGCUAGAGAUAUAGGGGCAGCCCCUACGGAUGAGGAGAAUGAAAAGGCGACCGUUGUACGAUACUGCCAAGGAGAAAGUCGAGUCAAAAUCCUCCAUAACCCCAAGCAACUACUCUUAUCACCCGAUGCUACAUACCUCCUUAUAGGCUGCCUAGGGGGGUUAGGUCGCAGCUUAACCAGGUGGAUGAUGGAACGCGGAGCACGACAUUUUGCUUUCAUUUCGAGAUCGGGGGCUGAUCAGCCCGAGGCCGCCCACUUAAUCGAGAAUAUCAAUGCGUCCGGCGGAUCAACUAGAAUCUUGCGAGCCGACGCCUCCGAUGACGAGGCUGUUCGCCAAGCUCUAGCACCAUUACACGCUGAACGGCCUAUUCGCGGCGUUGUGCAUGGAGCGAUGGUAUUGAAGGAUGGUAUAUUCGAACAAAUGAACCACCAACUGUUUGCUGAUUGCGUCAAUCCUAAGGCAAAGGGGGCACUCAAUAUACAUACCGAGCUGCAAAGCUUGAACGUACAUCUCGACUUUUUCUUACUGACAAGCGACAUUUCCGGACUGCUUGGCAAUACGGGACAGACCAACUACAGCGCAGCCAACAGUGCGUUAGAUGCACUGGCCCGGCAGCGUCAUGCUGUAGGGCUCCCUGCUACGGUGCUUGUCUUGCCCACUGUGCUAGAUGUCGGGGUUGUAGCUGAAAACAACGCUAUUGAGUCCUUUCUAAGGCGGAAGGGCUUGUACGGCAUCGACGAGGAGGAAAUGUUACAAGGAUUUGAGGCGGCUAUGGUAGCAUCACGCCAAGAUACCAGUUUCAAUUCCUCGGUUGGUGUCGGUGCAGGCUUACGCAUAGAAGACACGACAGAAGUAGAUGAUGAGUCGCAAUUUGUCAUGGGAAUGGAGGCCCGCGAAUUAGCUAGAUCGAUGAUGCUAGCAUCCGAAGGAAAACAAAGCGUAGACGCGCUUUGGUAUGACGACGUACGAUUCUGCCACGUACGCUCCGCAUUGGAUGAGAUCGUCGCGAGCAAGAAUGGCUAUGGUGGCAGCGACAAAGAUAAUAUUGCAACGUCAAUCAAGGAAGCCAUGUCCGAAGGAGUCGAGGCUGCUGUGAAGGUCAUCGCGAAGCAUAUCGCAAAACGUCUAUCGAGCAUACUAAUGAAGCCUGUUGAUGGAUUCGAGUUGGAUGGUCCAUCACUUGGCAGCUAUGGUCUAGACAGCAUGAUUGGAACCGAGAUGAGAACAUGGCUAUUCAAGGAAUUCGCCUUGGAUUAUCCAUUCCAGAAGCUAUUGGCGCCUACACUCACAUUCAAGGGGUUGGCUAAGAUAAUAGCUGAGAAUAUGGGCCUGGAGCACAAAAAGGUGUAA